AUGGGAAGACCAAAGCCAGCCGCCGCCGCGGUCCCCGGCCAGUCCCGGUGGCGUCCUGAAGGAAUCAGGACGUCGAGGAGAACAUCUACUUCGACUACAUCACCCCUGCAUCACGCCUGCACCGAGAAGGCGAUCAUGUCCACUCCCGUGACAUCUUCCGCUCCAUUCCGGUCCGACACGAUCGAACCACUUACGGGGAGUAACUUCCCUCGUUGGAAGUCCCAAGUCGAAUUAUGUUUGGGUUGUAAUGAAUUUGACUAUGCCUUGAGGGAAGAAAAACCUGUGGCACCUGUGGCAGGUGUCACAGGGUAUGCAGAACUCAAGAAGGAGUAUGAUGUUAAGAUGGAAAAGUGGAAUAAGUCCAACCAUAUUGCGCUUCUCAUCAUGAAAGCGACAAUAUCGCCGGACAUUUCUGAAGCACUCCCUAAGAAAGAUACUGCUAAAGAUUUCCUCAAUGAAAUGGAGGAGCAAUUUAAAGGCUCCGACAAAGUGUAUGCUCAUGAGCUUUUUGCUAAACUUCUUCAGAAAUACACUAUUGACGGAAAUGUUAGGCAGCACAUAUUGAGGGUGGUAAAUGCUUUCACCAAGCUUAAGGCUUUGGAGUGUUCUUUAAGUGAAGCCCUUCUUGUCAUAAUUAUUCUUGAGUCUCUUCCUAAAGAGAGGAAGAAAGGAUCAUGA